AUGUUUGCGGAUCUUCAGUUCUGGCGCCUUCAACUCAAAGAGUUGUUGACGCCCUGGGCGCCGCCACAGCUCCUGGCGUGCCACGUGGCCACGCGAUGCAAAGAGCUGGAUCUGCAGCAGAUCGCUCUGCUGGAGGACAAUCGCCGGAACCUCGCCGAAAUCAACCGCUUGAGACAGGCCGUGAGCCUGCUCCAUAACAAGCUGGAGGUGUCGGACACGCGUUCGGUGCAGAACAUGCAGAAACAAGCAGAAGUUCUGGAGAAGUUGAGGAGCCUGCGAUGA